AAAGCAGCAUGUGUAGAUUCAGACUCAAGACAAGUCCUUUCUGGAGCAUCAAUCUGCGCUGUGUGGAAGACAAUGAAUAACACAACUUGUAACAAAAUCAGCUUUGAAUUUAAGACCAAAUUUCUGCCUCCAGUUUUGAGCUGUGUAUUUGUUGUUAGUCUGGUCGCAAAUGGAUGGGGACUAAAAUCCCUGCUGCACAACUGGAAGAAACUAGGGAGCGUCAACGUGUUUGUUCUCAACCUUGGACUGGCUGAUGUUCUGUAUCUCCUCACUGUGCCAUUUCUGGUGGUGUACUACUCGAUGGAGGAUAAGUGGGUUUUUGGGACCACAUUUUGUAAGAUAACAAGAUUCUGCUUCAACCUGAACUUAUAUGGCACCAUUGGAUUCCUCACUUGUAUCAGUGUGUACAGGUACUUGGCUAUCGUCCAUCCGAUGACAGAGCUAGGAAGAAUAACUGCCAAGCGCUCUGUGGUUGUCUCAGUUAUGGUGUGGCUGUUCGUGGCUGCUCAAAGCAUUCCUGACAUGUUCUACCCAAAGUCACGUGUAAACGGCGAUCCACAAUGCUAUGACACCACCAGGGCUACCUUUGUUGAAGACUAUCUGUAUUACAGCCUUGGAUGGACUUUGAUUGGAUUUCUAAUUCCAUUCCUGAUCAUGUUGGGCUGUUAUGGACAUGUAAUUGUCAUUCUCUGUUCCAAAAACAUUUCAGACAAGGUACUGAAACAAAACUGCCUCAAGUUGCUCUUUAUUUUGAUUCUUCUCUUCUCUGUUUGUUAUAUUCCAUUUCAUUUGUUGAAGAACCUGAAUCUCUACUCAAGAGUUUUGGAGAGAAGGAAAAUUUGCCAUGAAUGGAGUGAGAGGGUCUACGUUGCUAAUCAAAUAAGUCGAGCCCUUGUUUGUCUAAACUGUGCCCUCAAUCCUCUGGUUUACCUUCAUGGAGAUAUAGUGGCCAAGUUCAGGCAGCUGCUGCACCAGAUUCGCAACACUUUCAUGCGCCUGUCCAUCAUCUAAAGUCAAAACGGAAUCAUCGCUAUUCAUUUGUAUAUGUAUUUUUUUAAAACUCCUGUAUUUAUAUAUAUAUAUAUAUAUAU